AUGAAGUUCUUCCUUUCUCGGCGUUGGAAGCCGAACAAAUGGCCUUUCUACGUCCUGAUACUCGUCGAGAUCCCAUUGACCAUCGCUCUGCUGGCGUUAUUCGGUAUCGCGUCUCCAGACACUUACCGAACGAGACUGUGGCAAGAUGGUGCAGACAAUGGCUUCAACUCGAGUCCCUUGACGGGGCUAUAUGCAGCCGCCAACUAUCGACCCUAUACCACUCCCAAAGUCUGGUCGCAAUUCAUAACUGACUACAAUGUCGCAAUCGUCGUCCUUUCCAUGUUCAUCAUGCUGGUCAAAUCCAUCAUGUACAUGCUCCACGUUUUCCCGCCGGUCCUCUCUGCCUUUGUUCACGCCGGCCUCCUCAUCCUAUAUGCCGUCUCGGUCGACUACCAAGCCAGCAGUGACACCACCGACCCAGAGCAUCCUCAGCACGGCGCACCUUGGUAUAUCACCAAAUCCUGCAGCGUCACUCAUAACAAGAACAACAUCGGGUACUGCAAACAGGCGAAAGCGAGUUUUGCAUGCACUUGCGCCAUGCUCGGUGUUUUUCUCACCUAUUUCGCAUUUGCUGCGUACUCAUGCUUUCCCAGCAAGCAACAACGCGAGGAAUACGCUGAGAAGCAACGACUCAAGGCUGAGCGCUGGGCGAAGUUCGAAACCUAUCAGGACGAUGAGACGGGCGAGACCAUAGGACAAAAAUACCCUAUGCCGGAUACGCCAGGUCAGGCGAGUGGUCGACUGAACCCGAUGACCCCGCGAACACUUGCAUUCAACACACUGGGUGGAACAAAGGAUCUCCCGCUGCGGAGCCACUUCAGCUCGCCAAAUAUCCCGUCGGCAACAUCUCCAUCCUUCGCGAUUCGAAGUCCUGAUUUGCCGAGAAGUCCAAUGAGUCCGGGGUUCGUUCAGCGAGUCGGCGCCGGCCCCGAAAAGGCGAAUGGGAAGUCUCCUGAGAUUGGCAUAAGUCCAUCAGGGUCAGCCGCACCGCAACUGUAUUUCCCUCCUCCACCAAAGACGUCGAAGAAGUGA